CAGAUAGAAGGAAACCAGCAAGGUUUUCAGACGUAAUUUCGAUAUCAUUUUAACAUUAAGACAUGGAUCCUGGACACAUUAUAGUACUUAUUGUGGUUAUUGUAAUCGGCAUAGUAUUAUUCAUCGGUGUAUGUGCAUGUUGCAUGAAGAUGUGUGACACCUUAUUUACUUGUUGCUCUUACUUGAAAGGUAAAUAUAGAUCUAAAAGAACAGACAACAGAGAAAAAAUUCGUUAUUCUGGCUUCAGCAGGCAAAUGUUACAACAUCAAUCAACUGAGACGCAAAAGGUAGUCCCAAUGUUAUAUGCUAAGCCUACUACAAUAAAACUGACUCGAACGGAAUCUACUUGCGUUAUCUGUUUGGAGCCUAAGGAUGAAGCAGACAUUGUCGCACUUAGGUGUGCCCACACUUUCCAUGGAUCGUGCAUAAGGAAAUCUUUAAACAACAAACAGGAAUGUCCAGUGUGUAGGACACCGCUUUAUACUUUAUUUAUGGAAAAUGUAGUAUAAAACUACAGAGAGAAAACGAAACCUUCCACAAUAUCUUUCAAAUUUGUAAUAUGAAGGGCGAAGACACAAUUGGAAGAAAAUGCUGAACACCACAUACUUUAUCAUCUAAAGUAGACUGAAUGAUAGCUUACGUAUUCGUUCAAUUGUAAAUGAAAUGAUUCAGAACUAUGAAAAGAGAAAGAAAAGAAAAAGGAAUGAAUGAUAAAUAUACAGCAAGAAGACAUUGGAGAACAUGUUUAACCUUACCAUAGACGAAUUCAUGGUCUGCAGCAUAGAUUUCACCACCAUUCACCUGUGUGAAGGGAAAAUAAGCAACAUAUAUAUAUGUGUAUAAUAUGACGCAGGUUUCUUCAAAAGUGAUGAUUUUCUAAAAAUUAAUUGACAUUUCACAGUGAUAUCAUACUUUAACUUUGUUUAAACCUGUUUAUUUACUUUUGACUUUAAUUAUUUAUCCCUUGUAAUUUUUUAUUAACUGUGUAUUUGCAUUCAGGUGUCACAGGUCAAAUUUAUUCGUUCAUUGUGUGUUAAUUUAAGUUUUUUGAUUGAGUUAAGCCUUCCAAUUGAUAUUUUAUAGUGUGUUUUUCUAUGUUGUGAUGUCAUACUAUUGUUUCAGAAAAGGUAGAAGGUUUGGUACCAUUAAAACGUUUAAUCCCGCUGCAAAUGU